CGAGAUUAAUGUGAGUCGUCUGGACAUACGACGAAGCUAUUUAGCAUCUCACCGUGUCCAUUCAGCAUGUCCCUUGUGGCUCCUGCGCUCGCACCGGGUUGUGGCGCCAGCACCCCCAGCCCCGUCGUUUAUUCACCAGCACUUUCCGGGUAAUCCGCCCUGUUUUCCAGCCAUCUUUUCUACUACGUUUUCCCUUGACUUGAGCAGACGUCUGCAUGUUAGUGCGACACAGUUCUUAGAUCCAGCAUUCUAGAAGCCGCAAAUCGCCUCCGAUGCCGACCUUAUUCAACCUCCUAUCACUCCCGAGCGCCCUUCUCCUACUCACGAUAUCCCCUUCGCUAGCCGCUGUAGAGACACAAUGGCCACACAAUCUGCCGAAACAUAUGAAAUACUUUCCAGAGGAUGAAGUCCAUGUCAAGAGGGGUUUGCAAAUCCAGGAGCGGCUGGCAUGGGAAACACCUGUUGGAGUAAAGAAGAUGAGCACGGAUGAGGGGGAAAUGUUCAUGUUUGACAAUUGGAUAUUCCAAGGCGAUCAAGAAGCUAAGGAACUGCUGGGACGCGCCGGACCGGAUCAUGCUUCACAGCACAAACAGCCAGAUGAGCUAGGAGACCAAAGUGCGAACAUUUCCACACUCAUCCAACCUCUCUCGCCAUUGCGACCGCAUUCCGAACAGACAGGUCUCCGCGACUCGUAUGCAAGAUUUGCUAUACGCAGCCUCCUCAUGAACCGCGGAUUUAAGUGCCCCGAGGGAACGAACAAUUGCUCCUCGAUCAAUCAGCCAGACAGCUGCUGCUCCACAUCCGAUGAAUGCAUCACGAUUCCAGAUAAUGGCUAUGGUCCUGUCGGGUGCUGUCCGCAAGGCCAGAACUGUGUAGGUGCCAUCUCAUGCGAUACUGCGCAGGGGUAUACAAGCUGUCCUGACAGCCCCAAUGGUGGCUGCUGCUUGCCUGGUUAUAGCUGUCAAGAUGUCGGAUGCAUUGCGGUUGCCACCUCUACUGCCAUUGUAUUACCAUCCUCGUCGUCUACUGUCUCAAGCCCAGCUUCGUCUGUUAUCCCAAGUUCGUCUUCGUCUGCAGUCAUCUCUUCAGCGGCAUCCUCCAAAAGCACCGCUAUAGUGGUAGUACCGACCUCUCUAUCAUCGUCUUCCACCUACACAUGUAGCUCAGGGUGGUUCACGUGCGCAGCUAGUUUGGGCGGUGGUUGCUGUCAGAAUGGACGCCAAUGCGGUUCAGGAAUCAUAUGCUCUGGGACGGAUUCCGCAACUAGGACGAGCAGCAGUAUGGUUCCAUCAGCCCCUGUUCGCCCGACCAGUAACUCUGGUUCUGAUGUCACAACUACAACCAUCACUGGUCCCUCGGUCUGCCCAACCGGGUUCUACGUAUGCAGUGCCUACUACCCAAGUGGGUGCUGCAGAGUUGGCAUGGACUGCCAUACUACUGGCUCAUGCAUCCAGACCGCCAGUGUGAGUGUCAUCGUGAGCGAUGGCAUUACUAUUGUAGCUCCUACGGGCGCGAGCGUGGCCACGACUGCCAGAGGUCAGGGAGGCUCGUGUCCCAGUGGUUGGUAUAGCUGUGCCGCCAAUCUUGGGGGCAAUUGUUGUCUUAAGUAAGGGGGCUCAUAACUAUCUUUUGAUCUACUGUUGGAAUGAAGCUGACUUAAUGGUGUAUAGUGGAUACUCUUGCGGUGCUCAGUGCA